AGAUGGAUAAUAGUUAUGUCUGGAGAUACGAACCACACCCACAUGUUCCCCCACACAUUCACCAGACCAUCUCUCUCUAACCAAAAAAAGACACUUUUCUCUUCUCAGUCCCAUCCAUGGCGGACUACGAAGACGAAAUCGACCACCAUAACCAAGCCUUCAUCCCCAAAGAUACAGCUCUACAAGCCCUGAACUCCAUAAUCCAGCUCCACUUCGAGAAAACCCUUGAGAAGAAACGAGCCAUUGACCAACAGAAGAAGAAGCUCCACAAGCUGUUUCAGCUCUUCUUCAUUUUCCUCGCCUUAGUCUUCUUCUCUCUAUCCCAACCCUCAGGUCGUCUCCACUGCCGCCAUUGUUGGGCACCCAUCUGCCUCCUUUCCUUCUCUCACCUCUUCUUCUACGUCUCCGUGGCUCAAACCCUCCGUUGCAUAAACGGCUUCAAGUACCAGCGUCGCUGCCACAAGCUCACUCUCGGCCUGGCCACACACAAGCUCCGGUUCAUCAAGUCAAGAAUCGCCGCUGGUGAUUUCCUCGGCGGCGGCGACGGUGACGAGGCCUCGGCUGCUGCUUGGGAUCUGGAAGUUCCUUAUCAAGAGCCACCAGAUUGCUACUUUGGCAAGUUCAAGAGAAAUUGGGCUCUCUACUUUGGGUUCUUGAUCCUUCUUUACACUUUCAUGAUCUCCUUCUCUGUCGUUGUCCUCUGUUUCUGAGAUCUCUACUAUGGCAUUUUCGUAAUAUUCACACAAAAAAAACCCCACUGUGUUUCUUAUCUCAUUCAUUAGUCUUCAGUUUGAUAUAGAAAUAAAAAAGUUAGAAUCUUUGAAGA